UCCCGGGGAACUGUGUGACGUAAAAUGCUCGCGACAGUUUGUUUCCAUGGAGAAAGAAGCUAAACGCCUCAGUUUGCGGAUUGGCUAAGUGCUAAUAAGAUAGCUGGCUCGCUUUAUGGUCUCAUGAUGUCAGCAGGACAAGACAGCGACAACCUGGAGACUCUGUUUUCAUUCGAGCUGCUGGUGGAGUGUAUCCGACUCGAGAGAGAAAGUCAAGUUUCCGACGAGCUGGCUGUUGGAGUACGGUUACUGGAUUUUCCAACGCUGCUCAUUUACCAGCCUCAGAAGAGCAUUAACCAACAAGAUCAGCAGGGGGAACACGCCUUCAACAGGGGCAAGUCUUGUUUCUUCAAAAUGAACCUGAGCUCACUGCACACCCAGCUCUGCAGCAGCCCUCUGUAUGCCAUGGUGCUGGAUGUGAAAGAGGAGAUCCCCAGAUUAGUCGGGACUUCACUCAUCUCUCUGGCCAAAGUGAUGGACAGGAUCAGGCUGGAUGUGACCCGUCGUGGUGCUUCUGCUCCCUCGUCUCACGGUGAAAGGGGGCUCGUCGGUGUGUGCAACCUCACAGGGGAGAAAAUUGGAUCAAUUUCACUGAGUUAUAAGCUGCUAAGCCUGGGUGUUAGUUUACUGCCACAUGUCACAGACAGCGGGGCUCUUAAAAGCCAAGGUGUACAUGUAGAACAACAUGUACGAGGACUCAACGUGAGGAAAAGCAUAUCGACAGACUUGCUGCCUCUUGACUGUGCACCCACUCUGGACAAGUCUGAUGUUGGCAGAAACAUCCCAAACAAACCAUCAAAUGAGAGUAACGUAAUACAUGAGGAUAAACAGGACAACGUUGCCAUGCGGGCAGAAAGACAGACUCUCAAAGAGCCUGAAAACGGCUUUGAAGAAGAUUUAACUGUGUUUUGUCCGCCACAUCUCUUCUACAAUAACUCAUCAGAGGAGAGAAGCAGAAAUGAACAGGGUGAUUGCAAAUUACUCAAUCUAGACUCUGAGGAUUUUACAUUCGAAGACGCAUCUUCAGAGGAAGAGACGGCUGAAAAUAAAACUGAGGGUAAAACUUCUCCGGUGAACCAGAGAGAAAGACAUGGUGUAAAAACGUCAAGUGGGGCGACACUAAAUGUCCUCGGGGAAGCAUUACAGCAGUUGCCUCUGUUGAACGCUCUUCUUGUCGAGCUGUCACAGCUGAACGACCAGAACCCACACCAGCAAUUGUCUAUUCAUCCCAACCUAGCCUGGAUUUACAGGCCCGCUUCCACAGAGCCUUCGGCAAGGCGUGGGAACACAGCACAAAAGGUACAAACCAAAUCGCUGCAGAAAGGCAGACAGGAGACUAGUUUGCAUUUAAAGCAGUUACAUUCCCCCAGAAACUGUUCUACACCAGUAGUAAGGCAUGCGUCUGUCGGAAAGAAAGACAAACAAGAAGAGGGUGUGAUUGAGAGUAUGAGCUCCAGUACCUCUCCGAGGAAGAGGCUUGUGUAUGGUACAACGAAAACAUUUAAUCUAAGGCUGCAGAAAAUUUCUCCCCUGAAAGUAAAACGGCGUGAAUGCAUGGACUUAUUACAGAGUGAAACACAGUCGAGUAUGGCCAAAGGGAAGACAAAGUCAGGUAAUAAAAUCAUGAAGUCCAGCAAAAGAAAAUCAGCAUUAAACCAGAGCUCCAGCCUCAAUGAAAAUAUCGAGACAAUGAUACAAAGCAUCACGGUGGACUCCGAAACAGUCACGCUAAAACAGAAAAACCUGCAUGGCAAAGUUUGUGGUAAACAAGACGGACACUCUCAGACAAUUUCAGAAAAAGCUUCCCCUUCUGAACGAGGCUUGAAAUGUAUUCACAUCCCCAGUGUGGGCGGUGACGGUGUCGCCCAAAACAAAGACAAGAGCGAGCGUCACAGUGAAUCGAAUCAAUCACAGCCUGAAUCUGACAGGCACAGAGACAAAAUUGAAUCUUCAGGAAGCAGCAGAUGCAGCACCCCCUCACUGUCAGACUCCAGCGGGGAAGGAAAUGAGGAGGCAGACUACGCCGAUGACUUUAACAGUCUUGAGCCCAGCGAUGCCUACUCGAGUAGCCCCGAGCCCUCCAGAGCAAAGACUCCCAGGUCUCCUGUCCGCCUGGACUUCCGCACCUCCGACUCCGGCUCUGAAAUUUUCCAGAGGAGAGCUGUCCUCCCUGUGCCGGUCAAAGCACCCAGCUCUCCACAGCGUACUCUGAGGGGUACACACAUCAUCCGGCCUCGAACACACACCUCGGCCCUCAGCUUUUCCUCUGAAGAUGGUGACAGGUCGGCAUCCUUACAAACAAUAUGCUCCAGAAAACGGAUGACAGAGAGUGGAGGAGUGGAAAGGAGCUCUGGCGCUGACAGUUUUAUGUCAUCAAGAGGUCAAAGGAGCGAGUCGACCAGGAACAGCAGCCCAGUUCGAGGAUUUUCUGUAGAAUCAGUGUCGUCCUUUGAACCACAGGAGGCAGAGGAACUGGAAGACGGGCUUGGAUCUCUGGAUUUCAGAAAGGAGUAUCAGGAUAUCUCUAAGCUAGUGGCCAACAAACUCCCUGGUUACACUAUGUAAAGAAAAAUAUAGCUCCACAUCAUGAUAGUAUAAUGUAUAAUGCUACAUUAUUUCCCUUAACUGUUAAACAUAUCAGCAGCAGUACUGACUCUGCUGUACAUCUAGUAAAUGUGUACGCUUUCAAAUGCAUCAUUUCCCCUUUCAGUUCUGACAUCUGACAACCUUUUUGAAUAAAGAAAUGCUUUCUCUGGAAAUGAUGGAAUCAUUUUACUUCUUAAUCAUUCAGCUAAUGCUAGGCUCCUGUACAUUUGCAUAAAGUGUUGGAUGGCGAGUCUUUUAGUAAUACUGUAUAUAAGAGGAUGGAAAAAUCUUUCCACGCGCGCGUCAUUUAUGCAAAUCAAGCCCUCGUUUCCAGCAGAGUUGUCACAAGCUGAAAAUCUCCCAGAGCUUGUAGGGCAGCUCCUGAUUUCAGGGUAUUUCAUUUAAAUACCACCUGCCACUUUGCAUUCGGCCCUUG